AUGGUGAGGACGACGAGGCUGGAGAGGCAGACGGGCGCCUUCUUCGACGCCGCGCACUUCCGCCGCCUGCUGGGUGCCCAACGCUGGGCCGAUGCCUCGUCCUACGCGCUCGGCUUCGUCACUGCCGGGCACUGCAGCCGCGAGGCCGACACGCUCAUCGUCCGCGUCAUGGCCGACCUAGCCGCUGGUCGGGUCCGCGCCGUUGAUGCUCUUUUCCAGCGCCUCUACGCCUCCCUCGACGCCCACCCGGACGGUCACCACCUCCGCAGGAUCCUGCUCUCCAUGCGUUCCGACCGAGCCAGGGCCUCCAGGCUCUAUCAUCGCAUCAGGCCCAUGGCAAUGGUGGUCAUUUUAAACUUGGCUGCCAAGUGUCCUGAACUCAAAGCCAAGGCACAGUUACCACGAUGCACCGCCGAUCCUGCUUACAUCAUGUCGCUUGAUCCAGGUACCAACUAUGUAUCUCGAAGGUCGCGGGGAUACAAGGUGCAUAACAAGAAUAAAGUUGGUCACAUUCCAGCAGAUGUCCUCGCCCGUUCCUUCAUGCUGAAGAGGCCUCCUUCGGUCAGUCACGACAUGAACUAUCCAGGUGCUCCAAGUGCUCCAGUCUUGGAAGCUAUGCUGGCUACAUCACCUAGACCUACUAAAAUGGCUUCAAUGUCAUCCGCUGCUAACGCAGCUUGGAGAAGCUGCAGGAGUUGCUUCAUUUACUUCCGGACUGCUUCCGAAUGCGAAAGGCACAGCGAACGCCCAGGCCGUUGGAAAUAACUCCUCUUGCGUACCGCUCUUUCGACUUCUGAGCUCGUACCAUGUUCAAUUACUCCUGUUUGAACGAGAGGGGUCACUCUAGUAGUUUUAAGAUGCAACAUUAUUCAUACUUGCCGUGUCCAAUCACGCCGCCUUACUGUCCUCUUGACAUUCUUUUUGACUUCCUUUACAUGACUAUCUUCCACAUUGUGCUAGUUUGCGGGGCUCUUGGAGGCAUAAAAAAAAGAGAGUGGACAGGAAUCCAGCGCAUGAACUCGCACUUUUCCUCCUAAAGAAGAGGCUUCCCUCCUGUCAGGAGACAAGGCACUCCAAUGACGUAGACUUCAUGGUUGCCACCCUCCUUAUUAGUACCGGAAAUGAUCAGCAACGUUAUACAACAGAAUGUAUCAAAAAACCACGAACAACUGGAGAUGUUGAGGAGCCUGCGGAGAACUCCCCGAGUUUUGGCAUCAGCUGAAGGUGGGGCGGUAGCGUCGCCGCUUCUACUGAGCAGCCUGAGGCCUUGGAGUUUUGAUCGAGAUGCUAUAUCUGAGAACAACACAUGAAUGCAUGAUGGAACAAUGAAGCUCUUAGAUUAGGUUCAAUGCGCUUAGUAUCCUGAAAACGUUUACAUGUUUGACCUGAUUCAGCAAUAAAUAUUGUCGAUUACGUCUCGUUCUAGUAUUGCUUAGGGGUGCUGAGGCGCAAUGUGGACAUUGCUCAGGGGUACUGAUGCUGUAGAUUAGUUUGUAACCUCCUCCUUCAUGAAAUACGUGCAUUGCACGUUCUAGAGAAAAAAAUACAUUAAGGGCAUGGAUUAUAUAUACGUAUAUUCUACAUUUCUAUUA